AUGAAAGACCUAACUGUUGAGGAUGUCCUAGGUCCGCCGCCGGUCGGCAUGGACCUAUCUGAGGACCGAGCUCCCAAGGACAAUGCAGUUGUUAUUGCUCUAUGUGUUUUUGCGGUGGUAAGUGUAGCUCUGAGAUUCAUUGCCAGAUUAAGGGGACCCAGGCCCCGACCUGAGCUGGAUGACUGGUUGAUUGCAGUUGCUCUUAUUCCCUUAAUGACCCUCCUCGCUGCAUCAGUUCUUGCAUCAAAAUGGGGAAUGGGAAAGCACAUCUGGGCGGCAAGUAUGCAAAGAAUAGUGGAAAUGAAAAGGCUUUUAUUUGCUUGGAUAUUCGUUUAUAUUUUCGAACUCUUCAUUAUCAAAACUUCGAUCUUGAUGUUUUAUCGACGGAUAUUUGGAAUAAACUGGAUGAUCUGGACAUGUCUCAUACUUUCGGUACUCUGGCUUCUUGGAAGUAUGAUCGCACUCCUCGCUUGCCCAGACCCGAUCCCUUAUUUUUGGAACGAGUCCGUUGAUCCUACUGCUGGGAGAUUUCGAUACAACUUCCAUAAUUACUAUAUCGGUAAUGCAGCAGGCAAUGUUGCCAGUGACGUGCUGAUCCUACUCGUUCCAUUCCCGAUCGUCUGGCGAUUAAAGAUGCGGGUCACUCAAAAGAUAAUGGUAUCUAGUGUCCUUCUACUGGGUAUCUUUGUAUGUGUAGCCAGCGCGGUGCGCCUGCACUUUGUCAUGUAUCUCAACUCACCAGAUCUUACGUGGGCUAUGAGCGACGUUUACGUCUGGUCUGACGUGGAGCCUUGUCUUGGUAUAAUCUGUGCUAGUCUUCCGGCCGUGCAGCCGCUUGUUCGAUCGGUGAUGAAAAUGGAAAGUUUGCUUUGUCUGCGCCAACGAUUGAAUAUCGGCAAGCCACCAUCUCAUAGCCGGAUGAGCAGUAGCCACAGGCUCCACAAGCGAAGCAGCAAUAGCAGCAAUACAAGCAGUCACCUAACCCAUGUGGAUAGUUUCGAUGGGAAAGGGGAGCCUAGCUUCCGCCCGGAUGAUGACGAGGCCAGGUUGACAACGGUCGUCACUCAUAUUGAAUCUGAGCCCAGACAAAGGGCGAACUUGGAGGAGCUGUUAGGUCCAGGUUUUAUUCGAGUGCAACAUGAUGUCGAGAUUAGUGUGGCCUAG